GAUCAACAGGUUCCACAUGCUGACACGGCCCAAAAUAUUUCCAACCACUCUGGUGAGCUGCGCAAGAUUGCCUGGAAUGUCCACACUUGGUACGAGUAGCAGCAUGUGCCUUUUCUUGCUUGAGAGUCGCUUUGCCGCAUUUCUUCCGUUUUAAUCACUCUUUAUACGUGAUAUUACCAGCGUCUCGUUCUUCCUAUACCUGAUACCCAUGUGUCUAUCCUGUUAACAGCAUUUGCGCUUGUCUCCAGUGCCCUGGGUUUUCGGUCAUCCAGUCUAUGACAUCGGACUAUCAACAAAUCCGCAAACAGAGGGCCUGCAAGUUCUUCUCCACAUACCUAUGUCGCAGACCCAGCUACGAACUCGCGCCCGCGCUUCUGUGGAAUACGAGCACCAAGCUGAGAAACUAUCACUCGACCCAAAUUGCAGUGUCCACGGCGACGACGCGAAUGGCGUCGCUGUCAAAGCUACCUUCGUCACACCGUUAGACCCUGUCAUCGUGACCAAUGAUGGCAACAGGUUACCUUCGGUCCCUGUGCAGGAGGCUCACAAAAUAAACAUACUCAAGGCAAGGGCUGAAGGCCGGCCUCAUCGACCCAAAGUUCCUCGACCCCGAGGGCUCAGCAGGUUUGAUGUACAGAAUGUGGAAAAGAACGACGUCAAUAGGGAAGAGUUGUUGCGAGACGAUCGGGAAAGCGAGACAAGUCGUCUAGACGAGGCACUACCUCCGUCGCAUACACAUCCACUUUUCCCUCCAUUACCUCUGUACGGACCUCCAACCUUACUCCGCAACUUACAAUGCUUGACCUUUCGAGCCACCUCUGCUUUCCUGUCGACCGCAUUUCUGCUCGUCAUCGUUCUCGGAGCGCUGUUUACAUCUAUACCACACUUGGUGAAGCACGCAUGGCUGUGGCUGACAUUUCGAGAUCCGAACGGGAAAAGGAUUUUCCAUGAAGAAGAGAAGCGAAGGGCAGAGAGACGGAAAAAGGAAGAAACAGAAUGGUUGAGGAGGAAGCGGGAGCUCAGUCUGGAAAACCGCCAUCAACAGAACUCUUCGUCUUCCACAACCAAUCCGUACGAGCCUCUCGAGGGUGGCCCUGACAAGCUUGUCUGUGAUAUAAGAUAUUAUGCACGACGAGUCGGCUUGGAUGCAGAAGAAUUCCGAGUGCAGACUGAAGAUGGUUUCAUCAUCACUCUGUGGCACAUCUACAACCCAACCGAAUACAAGCCUUCUCCUGCGGUCGACCGAAGAGCAAAAUCUCCUCAGGUCUUCACAGAUCAGAAGGAUCUCAAUCAGCAAGUCCAAAAACGAUACACCAACGGUAAUAGAAGAUAUCCUGUGCUGCUAGUCCACGGUCUGUUGCAGAGCGCCGGUGCAUACUGUGCGAAUGACGACGACAGCCUAGCAUUUUUCUUGUGCAAAUCUGGCUAUGAUGUGUGGCUGGGAAAUAACAGAUGUGGAUUCGAGCCUGAACACAGCCUCCUUCAAUACUCAGAUCCGCGAAUGUGGGCUUGGAACAUCCGACAAAUGGGCGUAAUGGAUCUUCCUGCACUGAUAUCCAGGGUGCUCGAAGAGACUGGAUUCGAGAAGCUAGGUCUUGUGUGCCACAGCCAAGGUACCACAGAGACGUUUGUGGCUCUCGCGAAAGAACAGCGACCUGAUAUCGGGGACAAGAUCAGCGUGUUCUGCGCGUUGGCUCCAGCAGUCUACGCUGGACCACUGAUUGACAAAAUGUACCUCAAGUUCAUGAGGAUUAUAUCGCCGAAGAUGUUUCGCGUGUUCUUUGGCAUACACAGUUUCAUUCCUCUCAUGAUGAUCAUGCAUCGAAUGUUGCCCGGCAAAGUCUACGGCUUCAUGGGCUAUCUGGUGUUCUCGUUUCUCUUCAACUGGACCGACACCCGGUGGGACAGAGGUAUUCGAGAUCGGCUGUUUCAAUUUUCUCCAGUCUAUGUCAGUGCAGAGAGUAUGAGAUGGUGGCUAGGACGUGAAUGUUUCACGAAACAAAGGUGCAUCCUGGCCACUAGAGAGUCGGCGCAGCAGGAGGACGUUGAAGACGAAUCGGAGGAAGAGAGACGCGAAGAUGCAAUGUCCGACCCUGCCGAUCGAGGUAGAACGGCGUGGUAUGACGAGCACGUCCCUCCAAUCGCUCUAUGGGUGGCUGGAAGUGAUGACUUAGUUGAUGGUCGAAGACUGCUGCGCAGGUUUGAAAGAGGACGUGAACCACACGUCAAUGUGGUCCAUAGCAAGGUGAUUGAAGAAUAUGAACACCUCGAUGUCCUCUGGGCGAUGGACGCAGUCGAGCAGGUGGGAAAGGAGGUUCGAGACGUUUUGUGGAAAACGAUGCCCGAGGACGCCAGAAGCAUAUGCAGGGAAAUUUCUGGCGUCGUUGGGAGUUCGGAAGAGGGACAAGCGACCGACACAGCAAACGGUCUCGGGACUGGAGAAGCUUGAGAGUCCUUUCCCGUUGUACAGAAGCAAUAUACAUGAUGAUAGUAGAUAAUAACCGAAUAGUACACAAGAUACCC